UCGUGCGUUCUUAGUGGCUAAUGUUUACUUCCGGGGUGUUAUUUUAUGGUGCGUGCCGGCGUGUAAUACAUCGUGAAAGUUCACAUUAAAACUGUUUAUUUUCCCGUAAAAAUAUAAUUUAUUCGGCUGUGAUUCAUCAGAAGUGUGUUUAUCGACACGAUGACUGAGGACGUCCAGAAGCACUCGGUCCACACUCUGGUCUUUAGGUCGCUCAAGAGGACUCAUGACAUGUUUGUGUCCGACCAAGCCAAGUCCAUCUCGUUGGAUGAAGAAAGUCACAAGCUGAAGAUGGCGGUGAAGCUGAAGGCGGAUUAUAAUGCCGUUCUACACAUGCCAAUCUUGAAGGAAAGCAAGGACAGAAUCCCUCAAGCCCCCAGCAGCAUGCAGACCCAGCAGAGCUACACUCAGCCAGAUGAACCAGAGUACAUGAUAACUGGAACACACGCUUACCCCUCUGGACCAGGAGUGGCGCUCACCAAGGGCACAAAGUUGCACAGGAACCCCAGCGAUGCCGGAGUCCACUCCAUGGCUUUGGCGCUGCCGCCUUCACAAGCCAGCCAAGACAGCAGCCGCACUGCUGCCAGCGUUUCCGACAUCCAUCGACAUGCUGGUGCCACCGAGCGUUCUCACCCGCCUUCAAGCGCGUUGUCGAUGAUGGACGGAGGCGGCACCAGAAAUAAUUCUCUCAUAAGAAGAGCAGCCAUCAUGCCCAAACCUCAGUGGCAUCCGCCGUGGAAACUGUUUCGGGUCAUCAGUGGUCACCUCGGCUGGGUGCGCUCCAUCGCCGUGGAACCCGGCAAUCAGUGGUUUGUGACCGGCUCGGCUGACAGAACCAUCAAGAUCUGGGACCUGGCGAGCGGGAAGCUGAAGCUGUCGCUAACAGGACACAUCAGCACGGUGCGCGGCGUGGCCGUCAGCAGUCGCAGCCCCUACCUCUUCUCCUGCGGCGAGGACAAGCAAGUCAAGUGCUGGGAUCUGGAAUAUAACAAGGUCAUCAGGCACUACCACGGCCACCUGAGCGCCGUGUACGACCUGGACCUCCACCCGACCAUCGACGUGCUGGUGACGUGCAGCAGAGAUGCCACGGCGAGGGUGUGGGACAUCAGGAGCAAAGCCAACGCGCACACGCUGACUGGUCACACCAACACGGUGGCCACCGUCAGGUGUCAGGCAGCCGAGCCUCAAAUCAUCACUGGCAGCCACGACUCCACCAUCCGCUUGUGGGAUCUGAUUGCCGGGAAAACCAGAGCGACGCUGACCAACCACAAGAAGUCCGUGAGGACCGUCGUGCUACAUCCCAGACAAUACACCUUCGCCUCGGGUUCAGCUGACAACAUCAAACAGUGGAUGUUCCCCGACGGCAAAUUCAUUCAGAACCUCUCGGGACACAACGCCAUCAUCAACACUCUGGCCGUCAACUCCGACGGCGUGCUGGUCUCCGGAGCCGACAACGGAACCAUCCACAUGUGGGACUGGCGGACCGGCUACAACUUCCAGCGCAUCCACGCCGCCGUGCAGCCCGGCUCUCUGGACAGCGAGUCGGGCAUCUUUGCCUGCUUGUUCGACAAGUCGGAAAGCCGCCUGAUCACCGCCGAGGCGGACAAGACCAUCAAAGUGUACAAAGAGGACGACACCGCCACGGAAGAGAGCCACCCCAUCAACUGGAAACCAGACAUCCUCAAGAGAAAAAGAUUCUAAUCAUUUUACUGUUUUUUUUAUUUUUUUUUAACAUUUCUUUGGUUAAAAGUGUCUCUGGUCAGUCUAAAAACCAUUUGCAUUUGUCGCUGUACUCGGUAAGUCCGAUGAAACGUCCAUGAUGGACGGCCAGGAAGCGACCGCUGUGCUUGUUCUUGAUGACCACGGCUCUCUGGUGAGCGCGCUCCGUCUGGUCAACCAGCAGGAGCCACUCCUCUCGCUCGGAGGGUCCCACCUCGGAGCAGACCUCGUCCCUCUCGGGGUCGUACCCUGCACGCCACGGCCACUACUUUUCAUUUUGUAUUUCCACACAACAACACCACCACUGUUUCUCUGAUUUUGAUGCAUCAUUAAAGAAUUUUUCACUAAA